ACGGAAGCGUUGCGCAAAAAGUUUAUGGAAGCCAUAACAAAUUACCAACAAGUAGAAUUCCAAAAUCGACAGAAAUACAGACAGAGAUUAGAACGACAGUAUAAAAUCGUCAAACCUGGCGCAACACAAGAGGAAAUUGAUGCGGCAUUGGACAACGAAGAGGGAACACAGGUCUUUGCUCAAUCGUUAAUGCAAUCAACAAGAUAUGGUGCAGCUCGAGAAGCGUUAAAGGAAGUACAACAACGUCAUGAUGAUAUAAAGAAAAUUGAAAAGACUAUUGAGGAAUUGGCAAAUCUGUUUGAGGAAAUGCAACUGAUGGUCGAGGUACAGGAUACCCAAAUAGACCAGAUUGAACAACAUGCAAACGAUGUUGAACAAAACCUCAGUUCGGGUGUGGAUAAUGUGGGAAAAGCUCUCGAACAUGCCAAGUCAGCAAGAAGG